AUGGCUACUCCCACUCCCAUGCCAGCCAGAGGCGAUCGAAACGCCCCAGUCUUUGAUUCGUCCAAGCCCCACGAGUUGCGCCGUUAUUUCCUCGAUCUGGAGUUCCUUCUAGCUCGAUCUGCCGUCACUGACACUGCCCAAAUGAAGGGGCAUGCGGUCAGAUUCCUUUCCGUCGAAGAUCAGGAGAUUUGGGAAGGUCUACCGUCAUUCUCAGACGCCAACAAAUUGUACCACGACUUCAAAUUGGACGCCCUCAGCCUCUACGCAGGGAACGACACAGAUCGUCGUUUCAGCCUCGACGAUUUGGACAUGCUCGUUGGGCAGACAUCUCGCAUGGGAAUCCACACAAAGGACGACCUCACACAAUUUUAUCGACGAUUCCUACACAUCACAACAUUCCUGAUUAGCAAACAACGACUCUCUGUGGCAGAACAGAGCCGAUUUUUCCUUCGAGCUAUGAAUCCAGCCUCGUUGUCCGUCUCAGUUCGCCAGAGACUUCAGAUCAAGAAGCCAGACGUUCACCCUGAGGAUCCAUAUGAUUUGUCAGAUCUGUACGACGCUGCUAAAUUCGUCCUUUCAGGAUCAUCGACCUUACUUCCUGGAAUGCCCACGUCUCAGCCCGGAACCGAGCUCACAAUCAAAUCAGACCCUGGAAUUACUGCACUAGUUUCAUCCGUCUCAGAUCUAGUUCGAAUAAUCGCUGCUCAACACGCCAAUCCUGGUGCCCCAGCACAAUCACAGUCCGCCAACGCCCUGCCCCGCCGUCGCCGUCCUGAUGGCUGCAGUUAUUGCAGUGAUCUCGAGCAUUUUAUCAGCCAAUGUCCCCACGUUUCGACAGAUAUUCGAGACGGAAAAUGCCGCCGCAAUGUGGAUGGGAAAGUCGUCCUCCCCUCAGGCGCAUAUGUGCCAAAUAUUGUCCAAGGAAAGGAUCUUCGAGAGCGCAUUCAGAAGUAUGGAGGCCGGGAACUAUAUGCUGAUAAACGGAGGACGUAUCACUGA